AUGGACGAUAGGCUUGCCCCUAGAAUCAAGAACCGCGCCCCUGCCACCGUUCAGGUCACUGCAGAGCACUUCCUCAGAGAGGCCCAUGGCACUCAGCAAACUUCGUUCCGAGCCCCAAGUCAACGUCUUCAAGACCUCGAGGAACUCGAUGAGUAUCGUGCACGGAAGCGUCAAGACUUCGAGCAACGCGUCAUGCGUAAUAGGGCAAAUAUAAAGGAAUGGGUGAACUAUGCCAAAUGGGAAGCCUCGCAAAGCGAAUUGCCUCGCGCAAGGUCAAUUUUCGAAAGGGCACUCGACGAAAACUCCCACUCGAUUCUGAUUUGGCUCGCAUACGUCGACCUGGAACUAAAAGCACGCAACGUCAGCCACGCACUGAAUCUUCUAUUAAGAGGUGUCACUCUCCUUCCGCGAGCUUCACAACUUUGGUACAAGCACGUCUACUUAUCCGAGUUGCUUCAGGAUAUUCCUGGCACUCGCCAGGUAUUCGAGCGAUGGAUGCAGUGGCAGCCGGAGGACGGCGCAUGGAGUGCGUACGUCAAGUUCGAGGAAAGGUAUGGGGAGUUGGAUAGGGCGAGUGCGGUAUUUACGCGUUGGGUUGGAUUGACGUCUGAGCCAAAAGUCUGGGUUAAGUGGGCCAAGUUCGAGGAAGAGCGAGGAAGGGUGGACCGCGCGCGCGAGGUCCUUCAGGCUGCGUCGGAGCGCUUCGGCGAGGACGGAGAGGGGGCGGAGAAGGCCCAAGCCGUGUUUGCAGCAUUUGCAAAAAUGGAGACGAAAUUGAAAGAAUAUGAACGCGCGAGGACCAUUUACAAGUUCGCCCUCUCUCGUAUUCCUCAGUCCAGGUCUACCGAGCUCCUCUCGGCCUAUACCAAGUUCGAGAAGCAGCACGGAACACAACGGGCGAUUGAGGACACGGCUGCCGUCCGGCGUCGGGUACAGUAUGAGGCAGAUCUGUCUAAGACUUCUCAUAGCUACGAUACGUGGCUUGAAUACAUCCGUGUGGAGGAAGACUCCUGGCGGCAGCUGAAAGACGAGGGAGUUACCCCGGAGGCGCGGAAUGCUGCUGCGGGCCGUGUUGUCGACCUUUACGAACGUGCCGUUGCACAAAUUCCACUCACAGUCGAGAAGGGUCAUUGGAGGAGGUACAUUUUCUUGUGGCUCAACUACGCCUUGUUCGAGGAGAUUGAACGGAAGGACCAUGCUCGGGCUCGAAAGGUUUAUCAAACCGCGAUUCAAGUCGUACCCCACAAGCACUUUACAUUCGCGAAACUCUGGCUGAUGUUCGCCAAGUUCGAGCUUCGACAGCUAGACGUGAAUGCGGCGAGGAAGAUUAUGGGAACCGCAAUCGGUAUGUGUCCCAAGGGGGCAUUGUUGAAAGGCUACGUCAACCUUGAGAUCAAGUUGCGUGAGUUUGACCGCGUUCAGAAGCUCUACGAAAAGUAUAUCGAGUUCGACCCUACAAACUCUUCAACCUGGAUUCAAUAUGCCACGCUUGAAGCCCAGCUCGGCGACUUCGCCCGUACGCGUGCCAUCUUCGAGCUAGCUCUAUGCCAACCGUCCCUCUCCAUGCCUGAGCUCCUAUGGAAGGCCUUCAUCGACUUCGAGAUAGAGCAGGGCGAUCGGCAGGUGGCGCGUGCGUUGUACGAGCGACUCGUCGCACUGAGCGGACAUGUCAAUGCUUGGAUUUCGUAUGCGACGUUUGAGGUGGAGCCGAUGCCUGCGACACGUGACGAUUGGGAGGAGGAGCAAGAUGCGAAGGAACGGGAGAUGAUGUCUGGUGACUCGGGCCUUGCGAGGGCGGUAUUUGAACGUGCUUAUCGGGAUUUAAGGCGACGAGGUCUCAAAGAUGAGCGUGCGGCCCUCUUAGAAGCGUGGAAGACGUUCGAGGAGAAGUACGGCAAUCCGGAAGGCGUCGCCAAGGUCGAAAGCAUGAAGCCCGUCGGGGUAGACCGCGGUCUUAUCUUCCCAGACGAUGAUGGAGACGCCCAUCAAGCCUCUCUGAAAUUCUUGCAAGCUGCGCGCGCCUGGAAGCAGGCUCAAGAGGUUGCGGAGGAGUAG